UCCAUCUCUCUCUCUCUCUCUCUUUCUCUCUCUCUCUCUCUCACUGUGCCGUAUAAAUGCCAACAGCUGAUCGCGAGACGGCACACUCACGGGAACACCUCGCGGAAACUGCAGAAAGAAAGAGACCGAGGGGAGAGAGAGAGAAGAGAGAGGGAUACAGAAAGAGAAAGAGGGGAUGCUGUUGAUCCAUUCGGCCGCAGGGAGUCUUAUUGUGAUUUUUUACCGACCUGAGUAAGUCGUCUUUAACGGGAAUUAAGGACUACUUCUGCGUCAAAGAGGGAAGGACGAGGUGUCCGACUUUUUUUUUUUUUUUUUUUGAAAAAGCUUCCAAAAUCGUCCUUCAGCUUUCCCCCCCCUCUAAUUUCCUUGGCAUCCCUUCCUCCUCCUCCUCCUCCUCCUCCAUCUCUUCUUCCUCUUCUUUAAAGAGGCUCGGGAGUCGCCGCGCGCGCUGCAGGGUGCCUUCCACCGCCUCUUAUUUUGUUUUUUAUUUUUUGACUGCUCACGAGCCUCUGCCCGCGAGCACAGAGACCCCGAGGCACCCCCCCGGAGGGAGCUGUCCGGUGCUGAAGUUGCAUCUCUCACCUUCCUCUGCACGAGGACUAAAAGCGGGGAGACAGAAGACAGUCAGACUGAAACAGAAAAGAAAUCGUAAAAAAAUAAAGGUGGUCAACUAUUUUACCGGAUCAAUUCACAGCUCGCGCUUCGUCCAAAAUCUCAAGACAAUCUUCCUCCGGUUCGCCUGUCUUGUUGGUGUGUAACGGGCGAAUCACCACGCUGGCCAGGCCGACGGCGAUCGGCUGUGCUUGUGAGUGUGUGUCGUUGUGUUCGUGACAGUGUGUGUCGGUGUCGCACCACCAUGCCAAGGUCUUUCCUGGUGAAAAAGGUGAAACUGGAUGAUUUCUCCACCGGGGCGGAUCUGGAGAACGUCUACCGGCACAGGACAGACCUCAGCCUGCGGCUCCAUGACAAAGCUGGUUACAUCAGUGACUACAUCAGCCCUGUUGUGUACGAUGGUGAGAGUGACAGUGGGAUUAAGGUGCCCUCCCCCGACCCCCUCUACGAUGGUAUCCACAGUGACUAUGGGGCCCCUGACUCUGAGUCCCCUGACAGUCCUGGCUCAGAAAUCACUGACGGUUACAUCAAUGGAGAUGCUGCAGUGAGUGAGGGUUACACAGUCGAUGCCUUCUUCAUCACCGAUGGCCGCUCGAGGAGAAAAGCUAUUAGCAGCCCCAGGACCAUCCAGAGGCACACCUGCAAUGAGUGCGGCAAAACCUACGCCACGUCUUCCAACCUGAGCCGGCACAAACAGACACACCGCUCGCUGGACAGCAAGCUGGCAAAGAAAUGUCCGACCUGCGGGAAGGUGUACGUGUCCAUGCCCGCCAUGGCCAUGCACCUGCUCACUCACGACCUCAAGCACAAGUGCGAUGUGUGUGGGAAAGCGUUCAGUCGACCUUGGCUUUUACAGGGCCACAUGCGCUCUCACACGGGUGAGAAGCCGUUCGGAUGCGCCCACUGCGGGAAGGCCUUCGCAGACCGCUCGAACCUGCGCGCUCACAUGCAGACCCACUCGGCCUUCAAACACUUCAAGUGUAAACGCUGCAACAAGACCUUCGCGCUCAAGAGUUACCUGAACAAGCACUAUGAGUCUGCCUGCUUCAAAGGCCCCUUCUCUCCUCUAGGCCCCCUAGAUGCAUGACCCCUUGCAUAGAUAAAACAACAGACAAAACUGCAGACAUAAAUUACCAUUAUCCUUACAGAUUGAACUGCAGACACAAACAAUCUAUUUUUGGUCAGAAUACGACCUUGCUUUCCCUACUCCCCCUCUCUCACUUUCCCCCCACCUUGCUUUCCCUUGGAGCCUAUUCAUGAUGAUGAAGAUGAUAGCACAAUUUUUCUCCUUGAGAUUUGCCCACUUAAGGAUUUAACUGAUCUACGCAUGCACUUCCUCAAAAACUGUUCACCUCCUCUUCCUCUGUCUGUUCUUGAUAGAGACAAUAAUACUAACACAGCUUCCUUCUGGCAUCUAGAUACAGUGUGGCACCAUAUAUUUUGGGACACUGAUGGUGAUGAGGACGACGACAAAGACAAUAGUAAUCCUAUAGCUACUGGGUUCCUCCCUGCACUGAUUCGCAGAAAAAGAGUUUUUCCUUCUCAUUUUGUUUUUUGGGGGAAAAAUAGUAAUAAUAAUAGUAAUAAUAAUGAUAAUAAUAAUGUUCUGCUGCACCAAGUGACCAUAUUCUCUCCACUACUGAGGUAAAGAUGCUAUUUAUUUAUUUAUUUAUUUACGUAAUUAUUUAUUUGCAUUUUUCCUUUAUUUAUUGUAUGUUUAUACUUGAUUUGAUAACAAUGAAGUGAUACUGUUAACUUAUUUGUUGCACUUUAAUUUAUGUAUAUGUAUGUAGGAUAUUUGCCAACCUCUUUCUAUCACUACAGGCCAAAGCAUAUGUCACUUUUUUGAGUACGAUUUUUUCCUAUUAUGUUGUUUACCUUUUUUUCUUAUUAACGUUAUUGCAUGCAAAAAAAUAAUGAAAUCUAUGCCAACAUCAUAAAAAGCUUAUGAUUUUGCCAAAAUCCUAUAGAUAGAACCUGAGGGCAAUAUUUUUUCUCUUGGAGCCUCCGUAGACUCUUUAAAAGCAAUAAUCACCUAAUGCAUGGUAUUUUAUGAUGAAGUUAUGAAGUAUUACCUACUACUGUAUAGCAGUUUAAAAAUCAGGUAUGUUUUACUUCACCUAUAGUCAUAAACAGAAAAAUACUAAUAUUACAGACAUCAGGGAACAUGCCAAUGUAGUGUUAGAGUAACAAAAAUAAAAGUCCUGUCUUUCCUCUCUUGUUAUGCACUGCCUGCCUCUUAGUGAGUAGAACUAAUGUAGGAUGUAGGCUAGAGAGGCUGGGAUCAGCUGCUUGCUGGGAGUGAGGCCUGUUGUAGGAUAACAAUAACCCUGACAAACCUGUGCUAGGCUAACUCUAGCAUGAAAUAAGCCUGCUAACAAUAAUCCGGAGAGGCCUAAGUUUGGCUCUAACACUGGAUCAUUAGCCAUUCAUGAGAGUUCAAUAGUUUAUUAAAGGUCCUGGGAUGUUAAAAUGGCACUUAAAUAUGGUGAAAACAUCUUUCCUGUGUCAUGCAGCCAAUUAAUGUAACGACAGGCCUUUAACAGACCUUUUUAUAACCAUAAGAGACCUAUCUUAUCUUUGAUACAAACAAACAAUAAAAUAAGGUUAAUACAGCAAUCAGAUGCACUAGUAUAUGCAGUUAGCAUACAUGAUAUUUGGCAACUCUCAGUUUACUAUCAAUAGAAAACCAAGUCAAAGGCUGGUGCAUUGUUGAAAUUGGACCGAGGUCGACUUUAAAUUCAAUGCAUUAUUCAACUACCCCUCCAGUGCUCUUCCAAACCAUAAAGCGUGCAUUCUUAAACCACAGGAAAAGCAUGCACUUUAGCUAGAUGGUCCGACUGCAGCAGUUACAGUCCAAUAGAUACAUUAGACAGAGUCCUGAUUAUUCUGCAGUAGGCCCCAUUUAACCUAACUGGGCCAACCAUGAGCUAACUCUAUGAGUGAUAUACAGACAGGUUAAUUCUAAUCAACCCCAACCUAUAGAUGGUUUAACCUUUGAUCUAGGUGGCCAAUACCAGUGUUGCUGAACCCAGUUCUCUGCAGCUCAGAAACCUUUUCUACAGAUUCAUGGAGCUUUCUGAGAGACAGACUGAGGACACACAGACCUGCACAAAAAAUGAAGUGCUUGUUUAUAUACCAUAUAUAUUCAUUGUAACCUUGCAUAGACACACAUGUGCACAAAUGCAUGGGUGCAUGCCCACACAUGCAAGCACACAGAGAGAAUCUGUGUCUUCAGUCAAGCUUUCAACAACUGAAAAGAAAUUAGUUUAAUAUUCAGAUGUGAAUCUCUGACAAAGGAAGUGUUGAUAAUUGCAGUGCUUCUUCAGGCAUGAGAUUACUCUAUUAGAGAUGGGGUUGGCUGAUAUCCAACACCAUUUACGGUCAUAGGGACAAAAGUAGAGUCUGCCAGUGAUACAUGGACCCAUAACCUAAUUUCAUUCACAUCUCAGAAAUAAAGUUAUAGGACCUGUUUGACAUCAAAGGCUGUCAAAGACAGUUAGAUCUGACAAUGUUCUGAAGUCAAAAAGUCAACAUUGUGUAAUAAAAGUCUUGUGUUGCAGGAGACAAUACAAUGUUUAAGUCUUUUAUGAAGAAGCUUUUUUUUUUUGAAAAAUGUAGCUCACAAGUCAAUAAGAAAGAGGAAAUUUUUUGUUGUGAGUGGAGCAAUCAGUAUGUGAGUCAGCAAAUUGCAGGUCUUUUCUCUCUCCCUGAUGUGUGAACUAGAUUUUAGCUGCAAUUAUCUGAAUUGUAUCAGACGAUUAGUCAUAGAGCUCCAGCUUGUUAAGGCUUACAUUUUUUUCUUUGUCUUUUUAUCUGUGAUUUUUAAGUCUUGGCCAAAAUACUCACAACAACCAUACGUACAAAGUUGGUAAAUGUUUUUAAUUAGGUGCUUAAAUACAAGGACUACACAAAUACAAAUUAAAAGCACAAGUAUGGCAAAGAGACCAUAUAUGCAAAGAAAACAAAAGCAUUACCAUCAUAUUUCUUAAUACAUCUCGGAGACAGCGAUCCCUGGUAGAGCUAUAAUAUCCUGUUAUUUUGAUCACCGACUCUUAUUCUUAUAUCUUAUUUCUCAUUUCCAUCUGAAUGAGAACAAAAACAGUAUUAACACAAUUUCUACUGUAGCAACUGAUCACAAUGUGAUGGGUACAAAGUUGCUAAACAAACCAGUGAGAGUAUCUCUGCCUGCGAUGUCUCCAUUUGUUGUUUAUGUAACACGAAUUGUAUUAUUGUGUAUUAAAACAACUUUGCACUGAAGUCUAAAGGUCUUAUGGGUAUUUGGCUGAAGUUGCUGUUGGGUGGCUGUUUACUGGUUUUGAGGCAGAAAAGCUGAGUGUGUGCGUCUGUGUGUCUGUCUCUGGGUAAGCUCCAGGUCUGUUCUCUUUAAGCACUUCCAUUCUAGUCAUCUCCACCUUAAAGAAAGUAGCACAAUGAAACUAACUAGAAUUCAGGUAGAGAAGAAUUAAAAACCUUGUACUAGCUUGACCUCUCUUCUUUUUUUGUAUUUCCAAGUUAAAGAAUGAUGAUAACCUAAAUAAUCAUUUAUUGCAAGAGGGUUUGUAAAGAAUCCUUUGGAUUGAGACAUUUUUACUGCUGUAUAGUGAUAUCUGACACACCUUAUCUCAGGAGGUUUAGCUCUCUACUGCAGAGAGAGGAUCUCCUGGGUUUUUUUUUUAGCCAGAAUUCAGACAAUGUAAGCACAAUGAACACAAAGCAUUUUGUGGCACUUCAUAAUAAAGAAUAAUCUUAACCAACCAA